UUGCGACUAGAGAGAAGAAGACGAGAGACCAGAGGAGUUGAAGAGGGGUUUUAGGGUUUCGUUCGUCGCUUCCUAGUCUACAGGUAGAAGGAUUUGAGAUAUGGACUCAUCUGAUCCUGAAGGAACAGGGGCCCCAGAGGCCCUGCCUCCCCCUCCACCAAUUCCACCGAAUAUAGUUCCACAAAAAGUGGACACAGAAGUCAAACCUGAGCCGGUAACAAAGGCUUCAAAACCAAAGCGAGUCCCAAUGGCCAGGACUGGUAUUGGGCGAAAGGGGCAAUCAAUACAAUUGUUAACUAAUCAUUUCAAAGUUAAUGUUAACAACGUUAAUGGAUACUUUUUCCACUACAGUGUUUCAGUGUUAUAUGAAGAUGGUCGUCCUGCAGAAGGAAAGGGUACUGGAAGAAGAGUGCUAGACAGAGUUCAUGAGACUUAUGAUACUGAGUUAGCUGGUAAAGAAUUUGCUUAUGAUGGGGAAAAGAGCUUGUUUACAGUAGGGGCUCUUCCUGCCAACAAGCUUGAAUUCACUGUUGUGCUUGAGGAUAUUUCAUCUAGUAGAGCUUCGGGUAAUGGUAAUGGAAGUCCUAAUGGUAAUGGAAGCCCGAAUGAGACUGAUCGGAAAAGAUUAAGGCGGCCAUACCAGUCUAAGACAUUUAAAGUGGAGAUUAGUUUUGCUGCAAAAAUCCCAAUGCAGUCCAUUGCUAAUGCUCUACGUGGUCAGGAGUCAGAGAACUCACAAGAAGCAUUGAGGGUUCUAGAUAUCAUCCUGAGGCAGCAUGCAGCGAAACAGGGCUGCCUUCUUGUACGCCAAUCUUUCUUCCACAAUGAUCCAAAGAACUUUACUGACUUGGGAGGUGGUGUACUGGGUUGCAGAGGGUUUCAUUCCAGUUUUCGAGCCACUCAAGGGGGUUUAUCUCUUAACAUUGAUGUAUCUACCACAAUGAUAAUACAACCGGGACCAGUGAUGGAUUUUCUAAUUGCUAACCAAAAAGUUAGGAACCCUGGGGAGGUUGACUGGGCAAAGGCAAAGCGAACCCUAAAAAAUCUAAGGGUAAAGAUUAGUCCCUCUAAUACAGAAUAUAAAAUCACUGGAUUAAGUGAGUUGCCCUGUGAUGAGCAGCUGUUUUCUCUCAAACAGAAGAAUGGAAGGGAUGGGGAUGGAUCUCCUCAGACCAUUGAACUAACAGUGUAUGAGUAUUUUAAGGAGUAUCGUCAUAUAGAGUUGCGCUACUCUUCGAAAUUGCCAUGUAUAAAUGUUGGGAAACCAAAGAGGCCCACCUAUUUCCCCAUAGAGCUUUGUUCGUUGGUUUCUUUGCAACGCUAUACGAAAGCACUAUCAACAUUUCAAAGGUCUUCACUGGUGGAGAAAUCGAGGCAAAAGCCCCAAGAGAGAAUGAGAGUUCUGACUGAUGCCCUUAAAAGUAACAAUUAUGAUUCUGACUCGAUGCUACGGGCCUGUGGUAUUUCAAUCAAUACUAAUUUUACUCAAGUUGAAGGCCGUGUUCUUCCAGCUCCAAGGUUAAAAGUGGGGAGCGGAGAGGACUUCCAGCCUCGAAAUGGGCGGUGGAACUUUAACAAUAAGAAACUAGUGGAACCUUCGACAAUUCAACGAUGGGCUGUUGUGAACUUCUCAGCCCGUUGUGAUGUCCGUGGUCUUGUUCGAGAUAUGAUCAAAUGUGGGGACCAGAAAGGAAUUCGCAUUGAACCUCCUUUUGAUGUAUUUGAAGAGAGUCCUCAGUCAAGACGGGGUCCUCCUACUGCUAGGGUUGAGGAGAUGUUUGAUCAAAUAAAGUCGAAGCUUCCUGGGUUACCCCAGUUUCUUCUCUGUCUUCUUCCAGAAAGGAAGAACUCUGAUGUCUAUGGUCCUUGGAAGAGGAAAAAUCUUGCUGAAUUUGGAAUUGUAACUCAGUGCAUUGCACCUACAAGAGUCAAUGAUCAGUACCUUACCAAUGUCCUCUUGAAGAUCAAUGCAAAACUUGGUGGUAUGAAUUCCCUGCUAUCAGUUGAAAGGUCGCCAUCUAUGCCUAUGGUCUCUAAGUGUCCUACCAUCAUCCUUGGCAUGGACGUGUCACAUGGCUCUCCUGGCCAGUCUGAUGUGCCGUCUAUUGCUGCGGUUGUCAGUUCGAGGCAAUGGCCAUUGAUUUCUCGCUACAGGGCAUCGGUGCGUACACAGUCACCAAAGGUUGAAAUGAUCGAUAAUCUAUUUAAGCGGGUAUCGGACAAAGAAGAUCAAGGCAUAAUUCGGGAACUCUUGCUGGACUUCUAUAGUAGUUCUCAAAAAAGAAAGCCUGAUCAGAUUAUUAUUUUCAGGGAUGGGGUCAGUGAAUCACAGUUCAACCAAGUACUGAAUAUUGAAUUGGAUCAGAUAAUUGAGGCAUGCAAGUUCCUUGAUGAGUCAUGGUGUCCUAAAUUUCUGGUGAUUGUUGCACAAAAGAACCAUCAUACAAAAUUCUUCCAGCCGGGAUCUCCUGAUAAUGUUCCUCCUGGCACUGUCAUUGACAACAAAGUUGGUCAUCCACGCAAUAAUGAUUUUUACAUGUGUUCGCAUGCUGGGAUGAUUGGGACAACUCGGCCAACACAUUACCAUGUUCUGUAUGAUGAAAUUGGCUAUUCACCUGAUGAUAUGCAGGAACUUGUACAUUCUCUUUCUUAUGUGUAUCAGCGGAGCACAACUGCUGUUUCUGUAGUUGCUCCAAUAUGCUAUGCUCACCUUGCAGCCACUCAGGUGUCCCAGUUUAUUAAAUUUGAUGACAUGUCUGAGACAUCCUCAGGCCAUGGUGGGGUAACAUCUGCUACAGGUGUGCCGGUGCCUGAAUUGCCUAGACUCCAUGAGAAUGUAUCCAGUUCCAUGUUCUUCUGCUAAAGUGGGAACCAUAAAUGCUCCCUAGUUUGCUGUUUUAUCAGUGGUUUAGAAAAGAAAUGGUAUAUAUAGUUGGCCUUUCAGUCUUCUGGUGUUUUCAUGGCUAAGGUAGAGCUGACAAUCAGACUUGAUCUUUGUUU